AUGCUUGACAAACGAGGAGGGCCGUAUGCGUCGCCCAACGCUGGACUUGGGGGUUUACCCAGUGUCAUCCCCGACAUCCCCAUCUGUGCCGUCUUCCUCGCCCUCUACAUCGGAUUUGCAGCUACAAACAUGACCAUCCUGCAGAUAAAUCGUCGCAGAAGCCACAAGUUCCUUAUGUCGGGAAUGCUAUUUGGCUUUUGUAUGGCACGGAUCACUACCCUAGUCUUGCGCAUCGUCUGGGCCAAUCGACAGCAUAACGUCCGACUCGCCAUUGCCGCCAAUAUCUUUGUCAACGCUGGUGUGCUCCUAGUAUACAUCAUCAACUUGCUUCUCGCACAGCGUAUCCUCCGAGCGAAGCAGCCUCGAAUCGGUUGGAAUCCCAUUUUGCGGGUUGCCUACAAGAUCCUUUACGCCCUCGUCGCUGCAGCCUUGAUCAUGGUCAUCACGGCUACUGUUGUCAGCGUUUAUACCCUCGACAGGCAUACGCAGUCGCAAUGCCGCGAUGUCCAACUGGCAGCCAUAACCCUUCUUCUCGUCAUUACCUGUCUUCCUAUCCUGCAUCUCCUCGUUGCGUUUUUGUUCGCACGAUCCGACCAGGAGGAAUCCUUCGGGAAAGGGAGCAUGGCCAGCAAAGCCGUCAUCGUGAUCCUAUCGUCUGCGCUGUGCAUCCUUAUCGCGGGCUUCAAGGCUGGCGCAAACUGGAGUACACCUCGACCGGUCACCAACCCCGCCUGGUUCGAUUCCAAGGCCCCCUUUUACGUGUUCAACUUUGUCCUCGAGAUCCUUAUCCUUUGCCUUUUGACCUUCAGUCGGAUCGACAAGCGAUUCCAUAUCCCAAAUGGAUCUACAAAGCCGGGUGACUAUACUCGUCUCGGACUGCAGUUGGAUAAAGGAGAGGAAAUGGAUCGGGCUGCCGCUUCUGUUGAGACGAAGAAUAGCGCAUAA